AGUGCCAAACACAGCCUUCAUUUUCUGGAGCGACAGGCGAACAUGGGUUCGACGAGUGAUAGUCGCCUUAUCGCGUGGCUGCCCUGCCUUAAUUUCUGCAACACUACACAUAAAGAAAUCCCACCACUCAUCAUCGACGGUCGCAUCCCAAGAUAAGACUCGGUCACGCUCCCCGAUAAGUUUUCUUUUCAAAGUUCGGUCACCCCCUCCCCCCCUCUAAUUUUCCGGCUUUUGAGCCGCUUCCACGUUUUGUUCCAGAGAGAUUCAAUUGUUUCGUUGUAGAUUCAUAGAUUCGACCAAUUCAAAGCAUCCCGGAACAGGAAAUAAAGAAAAUCUCGGAAUUUAGAGCGAAAAUAUGAGUCAAUCCAAGACGCUGAGGAGGUUGGAAGUGGUGUCCCCAGUCCCUGCAGACAUAGACAUUGCGAACUCUGUUGAGCCUAUCCACAUCUCCGAGAUUGCCCACCAACUAAAUCUCGCCCCCAAGCAUUACGAUCUCUAUGGCAAAUAUAAAGCCAAGGUUCUGUUAUCGGUACUUGACGAACUGCAAGGAAGUGGGGAUGGGUAUUAUGUGGUGGUUGGAGGAAUUACUCCCACGCCUCUUGGGGAAGGCAAGUCCACUACUACUGUUGGUCUCUGUCAGGCUUUGGGAGCUUUUCUUGACAAAAAGGUUAUGACCUGUCUUCGGCAACCUUCACAAGGACCGACUUUUGGAAUUAAAGGGGGCGCAGCGGGUGGUGGUUACAGCCAAGUGAUCCCAAUGGAUGAGUUCAAUCUCCAUCUGACUGGUGAUAUCCAUGCAAUUACAGCUGCAAACAAUCUCCUAGCUGCUGCAAUAGAUACACGGAUUUUCCAUGAAGCAAGCCAAAGUGAUAAGGCUCUUUUCAACCGGUUAUGCCCCCCAAACAAAGAAGGUAAACGAAGCUUUAGUGACAUAAUGUUUAGGCGUCUCAAGAAGCUUGGCAUUUCUAAGACCAAGCCUGAGGAUCUUACUCCAGAAGAAGUCAAGCAGUUUGCUAGGCUUGAUAUAGACCCUAAUUCCAUCACAUGGAGGAGAGUGAUGGAUGUCAAUGACCGCUUCUUGAGGAAGAUCACUGUUGGUCAGGGCCCUGAAGAAAAAGGGAUGGUGAGAGAAACUGGAUUUGAUAUCUCAGUUGCUAGUGAAAUAAUGGCAGUUUUGGCCCUUACAACUUCUCUAGCUGACAUGAGAGAAAGGCUUGGGAAUAUGGUUAUCGGAAAUAGCAAGGCAGGUGAGCCUAUUACUGCAGAUGAUCUUGGUGUAGGAGGUGCUUUGACUGUCCUCAUGAAAGAUGCGAUCAAUCCCACUCUGAUGCAGACUCUUGAGGGAACCCCUGUUCUUGUCCAUGCUGGUCCUUUUGCCAAUAUUGCACAUGGUAAUUCUUCUAUUGUGGCUGACAAGAUUGCACUAAAGUUGGUGGGACCAGGUGGCUUUGUGGUCACUGAAGCUGGGUUUGGUGCUGAUAUUGGAACUGAGAAGUUUAUGAAUAUAAAGUGCCGGUACAGUGGAUUAACACCUCAGUGUGCCAUCAUUGUGGCAACAAUAAGGGCUCUGAAAAUGCAUGGUGGAGGCCCUGAAGUUGUAGCAGGGAAGCCUCUUGACCGUGCCUACUUAAAUGAGAAUGUGGCUUUGGUUGAAGCAGGUUGUGUGAAUCUGGCCCGGCACAUUUCAAACACAAAGGGUUAUGGUGUCAACGUUGUGGUUGCUAUUAACAUGUUCUCUACAGAUUCUGAGGCAGAACUAAAUGCAGUUAGAAGUGCAGCAUUAGCUGCUGGAGCUUUUGAUGCGGUAGUUUGUACUCAUCAUGCACAUGGUGGAAAAGGAGCGGUGGACCUUGGUGUUGCAGUUCAAAAAGCGUGUGAGAAUGUUUCACAGCCACUGAAAUUUUUGUAUACUCUGGAUAUCAGCAUCAAGGAGAAAAUAGAGGCAAUAGCAAAGUCUUAUGGUGCCAGUGGGGUUGAGUACUCAGAGCAGGCUGAGAAACAGAUAGAGAUGUACAGCAAGCAAGGGUUCUCUAAUCUGCCAAUCUGCAUGGCAAAAACCCAGUAUUCAUUCUCACACAAUGCUGCUGAAAAAGGAGCCCCGAGCGGGUUUGUUCUGCCAAUUAGGGAUGUCAGGGCAAGCGUUGGAGCCGGUUUCCUUUAUCCUUUAGUCGGGACAAUGAGCACGAUGCCCGGGCUUCCUACCAGGCCUUGCUUCUACGAUAUUGAUCUUGAUUCUGCCACUGGCCGGGUUAUCGGGCUCUCUUGAAGGGAGCAAACACACCCCUGACCUGAAGAAUAUGGUACUAACAAAUAUUGCUGGUUAUUUUUUUCUUAUAUGUUUUCUGUAUUUCUUUCCAUUGUAUAGUUAAGAGUAAGCAGGGUUAUCCAGUUUGUGCUUCUGUUGUUGCUCUGCCUGUCAUUGUGCGUUAUGUGGAAAUAAAUGGAUAUAAUUUGAGAAUAAAGAUUAACAUUCUUGUUGUGUGUGUC